AAGAGUUGUAAUUGGAGUAUGAUUUUGAAAUUUAUUUAAUUUCGGCGUUAUAGGUUUGUUGCCAAGAAUCUCAGUUUUGGCAGUAGAUUGUCAACAUGGCAAGUACUUCUUCAGAGCAAAAUAAUGUUGCGCAAAAAACAUGGGAAAUGUCAAAUAAUAUUGAAACAAUAAGUACUGUUGACGAGAUCUAUAGAUAUGAUCGUAAGGAGCAACAGGACAUAUUGGCUGCAAAGCCAUGGGAAAAGGACCCUCACUUCUUUAAGGACAUAAAAAUUUCUGCAUUGGCACUGUUAAAAAUGGUAAUGCAUGCUCGUUCUGGGGGAACUUUAGAAGUUAUGGGUCUUCUUCUUGGAAAAGUAGCAGCAAAUACAAUGAUUGUUAUGGAUUCCUUUGCGUUACCUGUGGAAGGCACGGAAACAAGAGUUAAUGCUCAAGCACAGGCUUAUGAAUAUAUGUCAGCAUAUGUAGAAGCAGCUAAACAGGUUGGAAGACAAGAAAAUGCGAUUGGAUGGUAUCAUAGUCACCCUGGGUAUGGUUGUUGGUUAUCAGGUAUUGACGUGUCUACGCAAAUGCUAAAUCAAAAUUUCCAAGAGCCUUUUGUUGCUAUCGUUAUCGAUCCUGUGAGAACAAUAUCUGCCGGUAAAGUUUGCUUAGGUGCAUUUAGAACUUUUCCAAAGGGAUAUAAACCAGCAAAUGAAGAACCAUCAGAAUAUCAAACAAUUCCAUUAAAUAAAAUUGAAGAUUUUGGUGUUCACUGCAAACAAUAUUAUUCGUUAGAAGUAUCUUAUUUUAAAUCAUCAUUAGAUAGACGUCUACUAGACUCCUUAUGGAAUAAAUAUUGGGUGAAUACAUUGAGUUCUUCUAGCCUAUUAACAAAUGCAGACUAUACUACGGGACAGAUAUUUGAUUUAUCAGACAAGUUAGAACAGUCCGAAGUUGCACUUGGAAGAGGAUUUAUUUUAGGUGGAACGGAUCCUCAUGAUCGAUGUUCAGUAGAAAAACUAAUUAAAGCCACGAAAGAUAGUUGUAAAACGACUAUUGAAAUUAUUCACGGUUUGAUGGCACAAAUAAUUAAAGAUAGAUUAUUUAAUCAAGUUGGUUGUAACAACGCAAUCGAGGCUCAAAAGCAGCAACAACAGUGAAUUCUGUGUAUAAAGUACAAAUAUAAUAGGAGUGAUUAUAAUGUACGUAAUAUGUAAUUAAUGUAUGGAAAAUUUAUAAUAACAACAAU